CCUAGUCAGUUUACUCCCCUUUUCUUGUCUGUACAGCUUCCCCUCCCAGAGAACAGCUGGGUGACAACAAGGAAGCUGCAGUUUACAUACCACAAGAAACAGCCGGCUAUCUUUUCACCUGAAUCAUAGGCUACAUAACUUGAGACAUUUUGGGAAGCCCCCUAGUCUGUGAAGGAUUCAAAUACAAGUUCCAUCACUUGCUGUAUUCCACACACAGAGAGAAAGACAUGGAUGCAUUUUCUGUGAUGCUUUUGUGAAGUCUUAGUGGCCUUCAUCUUGUCUUGAAUGAAUUCUCCCACACAACGUAUGUGACUUGUUUUCCUUCGUCUGCUUUAAAGGCCUUUAGUGAACACAACACCCGACAGAUGCAGGUGGGCAUGGGGGAUGAGAAGAGAACUUCAGGCAGCCUGUCAGAGGAUAUAUUGACAAAGAAGAUGCCAAUAGGUGUACUGGAACAACAGAUUAUAUCAUUGGAAAAACAGAGGCAAGAGCUGCUGGCAGUGAACAAUCAGUGGGAUCAGCAGUUCAGGCGAAUGAAACAGCAGUAUGGAAAAAAGGUCACAGAUGUGAAAGCACAACUGGAAACAAUGCAGAAGAGUGUCAAGGAACUGGAAAAAGAAAGGCACCAAAUGCAGCAGGAGUGUAGAAGGCUGGAAGCCCUGACUACAAACAGCCUCCUACAGGAAAUGAGAGACAAGAAAAUCCUAAAGGAAGAGAAUAGACUUCUGAAAGAAGAAGCCUCCUUAGCAAAUACAAAAAAGAUUCAUUAUGAACGUGAAAUAAGUCGGCUUAACAAGGCGCUUCAGGAUGCCCUGAAAAAUCAAAGUGCCCCCUUGCAUGUGACUCCUGUAAAUGCCCAGGAUAUGAACUGCAACCAUGAAGAGAUGAAAAUGCAAAUGGAAGUUCUCAGGCAACAGGUUCAGAUAUAUGAAGAAGACUUUAAAAAGGAAAGAUCUGAUAGAGAGAGACUUAACGAAGAAAAAGAAGCACUGCUGAGAAUUAAUGAGAGAAUACAGUUUCAGUUGGACACCCUAAAUUCUCAGGUUAAAGACUGCCAGGAAGAAAGGGAACUACUUGAGAAGCAAGUAAAGCAACAGGCAAGAGACCUCCAAGCACUCACAGAAAAACAUGGCUUCCCACAUCAGAUGUUUGUUCCUGCAUGUUUUAGUUGCAGGAACUGUGGGUUACUUCACCCUUACCCUGAACCUCAAAUAAAAUUGGCUCCGUGCAGCAUUCACAGAAAGCAGCAGCGCCCACCAGACUAUCAAUGGUAUGUUCCUGACCGGUUUCCGCCAGAUGUGCCGCACAAGGCAAAUGAUGCCUCCUCAGAAAACGAAGGUCCUCACUUGUACCAUACGAAGAGAAUGAACCAAAGCAAAGACAAAGAGCCAUCCUGACAUCGCCUGUAACUGCUGUUACAUUUUCUUGUCCUGUUGCACUCUUUUUUAUAUGAUAUACCAUUAUAUAACAUACACACAAUGGGAGAUUUCUAUGACUGUGGCAAAGAGACAGAUUCACUUCCAGCUAUGGUUGUUGUUGUGGAAAGACUUUCUCCCUGCCCCGCCCCCCACACCUUUCUUUUAAAAUAGACUGUACCAAACCAGUUGCAACUGUUCAAUUAUAAAUAAAUGUCUGAAGGGUUUUAGGAAAUGUGCAAGUGAGUGGUGUUAUGGUGGUUUGCAAGGCAAAACGUCUGUAUGCGGAUCAAGGAGAAGGCAAUUCUGUCCUUACCUUUGGGCACCAGAGGAGCUGUGAGGUAUUGCAAGCAGAGUUGUGCAUAUAAAAUGUGGCUAAUGGGAUGUUUGUCCCAUCCACAUGGAGCUUACUGUGUGGUCUAUAACCCUGUAUUUGGUCAGGGCUGACUGUAGUACCUCCCCCUCACUUCACCGUCACUCAGUGCCUAAAAGUAAUG